GCUGUUUUGUGCCUUGUAAUGUGUACUACUGCUUUGUUGACUGGUGCCAGGAACGGACCAGUGCGAAGAUGUGGAACUAGGAUGUUCAACGCUGAUCGGAGGACGCGUCGGAUAUUUUCUGACAGACCUCUUGUCCGUAGCACUCAUAUAUGCGGCCAAGGUAUAAGGCACCGGCGCCUGCGCUUCGAGACCCCCUACUGCUCCCUCGAUUCCUGGUUACCCCCCUUAAAGCUACGUUAGGUUUGGUGUUUCUUCUUCUUCAGAAGCGCACAUGUACCUCUUGGACACAGGUUUUAUAUCUGCGUCUCGUGUUCGACUUUGGUGUUGUAUUUUCAAGCGCUGGGAACCCGCGGACCUACUACGACCGUCAACGCCCUUUUGGACGUUUGUUGUUCCCUAUCAAUCAGCUUCGACUCGAAAGAUUGGACAGUCUCUUUUCGGGGCUAGCACUACGUUCCUUGGCUGUACUUGGCCAUGCUUGGGCGAUGCGUUGCUUGUUGUUAGGACUGAGAAUGGAAAUGAUCACCAAGUAACCUGAAGCUUCACCUCGGACUGGAUGGCUCAGGCCAAGAGACGUUUAUUGUGCUCUUGGCUAUAAAACAUGUGGGCUGAGACCUCGAAAUCUCGACCCUCCCCUGCACACUUACUUCGUUUGCCGAUCUAAGUAACGCUUUGAAAAUGGCCCCUCGUUCUUCACCCCGUAUGCGUCUAGCUCGCUAUCUGUGAUC